AUGGCAGGAACAACAUUCUUUUUCGUCGAUGGCGCUCAAACUGACAGAGCUGCCAAGAAGCUGGUACGAAGCCAUGUCAUGAAGGGCAAGAAUGCUGGCAAAAGAUUCCACCGGCGAUCAAGGCUGCAACUCGCACUGCCGAGGCUCCAUGCAGGUGAACGGACAGUUAUCUUGCGACAGGAUCUGGACAAGUCACAAAAAGAGUACCAUUACAACUUUGCCCGUACAAUGAACAGACUUUAUCGCCUUCACCGAUGGCUUUCUAUGGAUGAGGUUAAAAGAAUGUGGCUCCCUAUCAUUUUUGCCAAUCAAGCAGCUUACUAUUGCAAUGUCGCCCUUAUGCAAACUUGCAAUGAGAUGUACUCCGAUAAUGGAAAUAGCUCGCCCAAAGCAUUGUAUCAUUUGUCACAGACAUUCAAUUAUGUCACGAGACUACUUGCUGGUCCCGAUGCUCUAUCAGAUUCCACAAUAAUGAUUGUAGUGAACCUUAUCAGCCAAGAGCUGAUCAGAAAGGGAUAUGGCGACCUUCAAGUCCAUCUUAAUGGCUUACAGAAAAUGAUUCAGCUUCGUGGUGGUCUAUCCAAACUCGAAGGAAAUCCUGCACUAUUGCUGAAAGUCUGCAAGGUGGACAUUAUGCGUUCGCUUCAGCAUGGUGGUCCAUCACUAUUCUUUCGCAAUCGCUUUGCCAAGGUACGAGAUACUCUGGCACUCACGAAACUAGACAUCGUUGGUGAUGCUGCUGCAAAGUGCCCACAGCACGAUAUGCUGGAACCAUAUCUUCAUGACAUAUUAGUGGAUACGAUGGGAGUGGUGUUACUGUUCAACAAUGGCGUACAACUUGAUCUUGAAACUCUUCAAGAGAUGAUACUAUCGCUUGGGUAUCGCAUCAUACAGUUCCACCCUUCGGGAGAAGAACGAAGGCUAUGGCUGCUGCAAGCCUCCUAUCAUAUCGGCCUGACGAUAUUUACACUGACGGUCUUCUUACAUGCUGGGCGCCGUCAAAUUUUGGACUACGAGCGUGUAGAUCGCCGACUGAAGGAAAUACUUGACACUGAUCUAGAAGACCACUACCCUGAACUCGCUCUCUGGCUGUCGAUGCUUGGUGGUCUUUGGGCGUCUGAUGGCUAUGAUGGGCACUGGCUUCCACCAAGGAUACGGCCAAUGGCAAUGAGACUGGAUAUUCACAGCUGGGAGGAAGUAUACACUAUCAUUGAUCACUUCCCCUGGGUUCACGCCUUGCACGAUGAUUCAGGCCGUGCCUUGUGGGAUCAAGCGCACCAAGACGAGUCAAUACCGAGUUGGAUAAUGUUGUGA